CUGUGAUCUGUCACACUGUCGAACAAAAAAUAUAUUUGCAGUAAAAAAUAACCUGAAAAAAUACGAAUAUUCUAAGAAACUACAGCAAAUAUAAAAUAGUGUACAUGGCAAAAUAUUAACAUUUAUAUAUUAACUGCAUGAAGGAGAAAAAGUACUAAAAGAAGUUAUAAAUCAUGACAAAAUUAUUCUUAAAACCAAACCGCAUAUAUUCGAUAGUUUUAUCAAAACAUAAAUACAGCACAGCGCCAAAAUCAGUCGCAACAGUUCGUAUAGGAGACAAAGACUACCCUUCGGAUGAAUAUACUAACGUGACACCGAAAAUUAUUUCAUAUUUGGGUCGAAAUUUACAUUUACAGAGAAACAACCCCUUAUCCAGCGUUAGACAGAGAAUAGUGAAUUAUUUCUACUCAUCUUUCACUCAUGGAGGUAAUCCUACGUUCAGUGUAUACGAUAAUCUAUCUCCCAUCGUUACUACGAAGCAGAAUUUUGAUGAUUUGUUGAUUCCCGCCGACCAUCCUAGUAGAGCAAAGUCGGAUUGUUAUUAUGUAAAUAAAGACAUGCUGCUCCGCGCGCAUAUGACGGCGCAUCAAAGCGAGUUGCUUAAGUCUGGUCUAGACAACUUUUUAAUGAUCGGAGAUGUUUACAGGAGAGAUGAGAUUGAUUCAACCCAUUUUCCUAUAUUUCAUCAGGUGGAUGCAGUACGAUCACAGCGGAAAGAUGAAUUAUUUCAUGACAAACCUGAUUUAGAAAUAUUUGAACCAACAUUUGAUCCAAAGAAUCCACAGGGUUUUAUUAAUUCCAUAAAUGAUCCUAUGAAACAAAGUUGUCACACAUUAGAAGCUGCGAAAUUAAUGGAAGUGCAGUUAAAAAACCAUCUGUUAGGUCUAGUAAAAGUGUUAUUUGGGAAAGACAUUAAACAUAGAUGGGUGGAUGAAUAUUUCCCAUUUACGCACCCAUCAUGGGAAUUAGAAAUUUAUUAUGAAAAUAAGUGGAUGGAAAUUCUUGGCUGCGGGAUAGUACGGAACGAAAUAUUGACCAAUGCUGGUUCUACAAACACAAUUGCUUAUGCAUUUGGCUUGGGGCUAGAGAGACUAGCAAUGGCUUUGUAUAAAAUACCAGAUAUAAGGUUAAUGUGGAGUACUGAUUCUGGAUUCUUAUCCCAGUUUGAGAACAAAGAUAUAAAUGCUAAGAUUACGUACAAGCCAGUGUCUGUGUUCCCUCAAUGUGCCAAUGACAUUUCAUUCUGGUUACCACCUAAUUAUACCAUUGACACAUUUGUAAGCAAUGACUUUUAUGACUUAGUCAGAGACGUGGGCGGAGAUAUUAUUGAGCAGGUAAGACUCAAAGACAAGUUUGUUCAUCCCAAAUCAAAGAAACACAGUCUAUGCUACAGCAUAAUAUACAGGCAUUUGGAGCGGACACUCACCCAGGUGGAAGUGAAUGAGAUCCACAAACAAAUUGAGAAGGCUGUGGUUGAUAACUUUAAUGUUACUAUCAGAUAAUUGUUGAAUAAAUGUAGUAAUGAGAUUAUUA